GCUGCUGCCGUCAUUGCCUGUCGACGUAUUUACAGUUUGUAAACAUUUACUACUCGACAUUUUGUUGGAUUAACCGAAAAAAGCGAUGGAUAGUCUCGUAAAGGUUCAUGGAGGUGGUGGCUAUGAUUCAGACUUCAGUGAUGACGAUGGCCAGGGAGAAACCUCAGAGAGAACCCUUAAAAGAAAACGGGAGGAGGAAAUCUUACAGAAACCAUUCCAGAAAGAUCGGCACUCCCGGGUGGCUCAUCGGAGUUUCCACUGUAAUGAGCUAGACAGAGAAGAAGCCAAGAACAGAAGAGCCCACCUGAUAUCUCUGAAUGCUUUUGAGCGACAUAAGAAGUUUGUUGGUGACUACAUUCUUUAUUAUGGAGGACAGAUGGCCGACUUCAAACGUUCUGUAGCCAAAGACAAAACAGACUUCGAUGUGUUACGUGAGAAUCACCGCUUUCUCUGGAGGGAUGAGGAUGAGGAAGAUAUGACAUGGGAGAAAGAACUGGCCAAGAGAUACUAUGACAAGCUGUUUAAGGAGUACUGCAUUGCAGACCUCAGCAGAUACAAAGAAAACAAGUUUGGUUUUCGUUGGCGGACUGAGAAUGAAGUUGUCUCCGGGACAGGUCAGUUCCAGUGUGGGAACAAACGUUGUGAGAAUCAGGAAGGCCUAAAAAGCUGGGAGGUGAACUUCGCCUAUGUUGAACAGGGCGAGAAGAGAAAUGCACUGGUGAAACUCAGAUUAUGCCCUGAAUGCUCUUUCAAACUCAACUACCAUCACAAGAGGAAGGAAGUGAAAGUAAAGACUAAAAGGUUUUCAGAGAACCAGGAGCCACCACAAAAGAAGAAAAAAAAGAAGAGUUCGUCCUCGCAUUCAAAGAAGCACAAACACAAAUCUAAAUAUAAGAAGCACAGAGAUCACUCCUCUUCCAGCAGCACAGAGGAGUCGCCGGAUUCAGACAAAGACUCUGAAGCUGGAGAUGAGUCAGCCGGCCAAUCCGAAGCAGACCACUGGCGGGGGCCUGCCCCAGCAGUGGAGGAAAAGUCAAGAGAGGAGGAGUUCGAUGAGUACUUUGAAGACAUGUUUCUUUGACGGCGCCGGUAUCAGCGGAAACCCUGCUGCAGCUACAGCUCUUUCUUUGAGCCGCUGACAAAUCGGCAUGACGCCGCAGAAAUAAACAUAAUAUUUACACUUU